CCACAAAUUAUUGAAGAAGCAAAAAAUCGAAGCCAGCCGGCCAGACGCGGCGCCUCAUAGCAAUUUCUCAACUUCUUUCAACUGCCAACAACACUGUGGUUCCAUGGCUUCCUUUCAAGCUUCUCUUCUUCUUCUCUUCUUUCUCAACAUCUUUCAUGCUCCUGCCUCGGCUUUUGUUCUUCCUGUGUCUAAAGACCCUUCUACGCUCCAGUACUUAACUUCUCUUUCUUAUGGCACUCCUCUUGUACCUACCCAGCUUGUGCUUGAUCUCGCUGCGCCUUCUCUCUGGAUUGAUUGUUCUUCCAGAAACGUCGCUUCCUCUUCUCUCCGUACCAUCCUGAGUCGUUCGAUUGAAUGCCUUGCGGCAAAAAGUCAUCGCUUUGAUGAGACUUCGACUCGGCUUCCCGAUCAGCACCAGCCGUGUCAGAUUUUCCCGGAAAAUACCAUCACAGGGAUGAUACCCAGAGAAGGCAACCUCGUCCAAGACAUCGUGGCGCUCCGAUCGGCCGAAACUGUUUAUCCCCUUAUCUUCACUUGUUCAUCCACUCAACAAUUGAAUGGCUUAGCGGUUGGAGCUCAAGGCAUGGUAGGUCUUGGUAGGGGUCGUGGUUCGUUGUCAUCUCAGAUUUUCAAUUCAUUGAAUGCCCGGAGAGAAUUCACUCUAUGCCUCUCUUCUUCGUCUGGGGUUGUGUUAUUCGGCAGAAACUCGUAUGAAUCUCAGCCUGAAGUUGAAAUUUUGAGAUCUCUCGCAUUCACGCCGGUUUUUACCAACCAGAAGGGAUACUUCAUCACCGUGAACUCCAUCAAAAUCGAUGGUAGGAGAUUGUCUUUGUCACUGCCCAAGAACCAAGAGACCAAAGGAAGGACUCAAUUGAGCUCGAUUGUGCCCUACACUACCAUGGAGAGUUCAAUCUAUGAUACUUUCAAGAAAGCUUAUUUGAAAGCUGCUGCUGCUAUGAACAUGACUAGAGUGACUUCAGUGACACCAUUUGAGCUCUGUUUUAGCUCCAAAGGGGUUGAUAAAGUGCCAAUGAUUGAUCUUGUGCUGCAGAGUGAGAUGGUGAAGUGGAGGAUCUAUGGAAGGAAUUCAAUGGUGCGAUUAGGCAGUGAAGUGAUGUGUUUGGGGUUUGUGGAUGGAGGAUUGAACCCAGAAUAUCCCAUUUUGAUAGGAGGAUACCAAUUGGAGGAUGUCAUUAUGCAGUUUGAUUUGGAUACUUCCAUUUUAGGAUUUAGUUCUUCUCUGUUGUUGAAGCAUUCUAGUUGCUCUGACUUCAAAUCUGGUUUCAUGUCUGCAGAAUCAGUUUGAGUAUAUCAUUUCUACUCAGUUUAGUUUAGUCCUUCUUCGUAGAUGAUUAGGCUGUCAGCUAAAUUUUGUAACCCCAUGUACAUGAGACUGAGAACUGCUUAUUUGAAUGGCAAAUAUAUGUGUAUUGAAUAGAGAAUUAGUUUAGGUGAUAUCAAGAACUGAGACUAUGUUAUGCAGUUACAAAAUUAGUUAACAAAUUCGGAUUUCCUAAUUGUUUAAUCA